AUGAAGCUUUGUCUUGUUGCCCUUUUUGUUGUUCUUUUUUCAGUAUCAUCUUAUGCUGCCAAGCCUCUAUUACUUGGUUCACUUUGUUUAAAUCAAGUGAACUGUUUUGUUAAUCCAUGUCAAGUCUCACGAUGCGAUGGAUAUCCCGGUGCUUCAUGUGUUGCAAAUUAUUGUGGUGGUUGUUUUGCACAUUGGUAUUUAGAAGGCAAACGAAUUUCUUGCUCAGAUUUAGAAAUGAAACAACCAGUUGAAACUCAAGAGACCAAAUGUAUUACAGUUAACUGUUUUGUCAAUCCAUGUGGUUUUGCUAAAUGUAAUAAACAUCCAGAAGCUGUAUGCCGAGCCAACUAUUGUGGUGGUUGUCAUGCUUGGUUUUACGUUAAUAACAAACGUGUGCAAUGCGACUAA